UGUAUUAGCAGAUAUUGAGAUGAUGUUUUAUUCAUUUGAAGUACAUAAAGAACACAGAAACUAUCUUCGUUUUUUGUGGCACAAAGACAAUGAUUUAAGUUAAGAACUUAUUGAAUAUCGUAUGACCAGACAUGUUUUUGGAAAUAGUCCAUCACCCGCAGUAGCAAUAUAUGGACUACAGAAGACUGCUGAAGCUGCAGGAAGUACAUAUGGUGAAGACGUCACAAAAUUUGUCCAGCGACAUUUUUAUGUUGAUGAUGGUCUGAUAUCUCUAUCAAGUACUGAAGAAGCUAUUAACCUACUGACAAGAACUCAGAAGGGUCUAGCAGAUUAUGGAAAUUUGAGACUUCACAAAUUUGUUUCAAACAGCCAAGAAGUCAUGUCAGCCUUGCCAGGUGACGACAUCUCUCAAGAUUUGAAGGACAUGGACUUUGAUGCUGAACAUCUUCCGUUGCAGAGAAGUUUAGGAUUAUAUUGGGAUCUUCAAGCAGAUAUCUUUACUUAUAGGAUUGCAGAAGAAGAUAAACCCUUCACUUGUAGAGGUGUGCUGUCAACAGUCAACAGCAUUUAUGAUCCUCUAGGAUUUGCAGCCCCGCUUACAGUUCUAGAUGCUUCCAAAGAGUCAAUUGCUGCUGUCUCAUAUUUGAAAACUGAACACGAAGAUGGCAGUUCAGAAAUUGGAUUUGUGAUGGGGAAAGCUAAAAUUGCACCCUUGCAUGGGCAUACUAUACCUCGUCUAGAAUUGUGUGCUGCAGUACUUGCAGUAGAACUUAGUGAAGUGGUACUUGAGAACCUUGAUGAAGAAAUUGAUAUAGUGAAAUUUUACACUGACAGUAAAGUAGUUCUUGGCUACAUCCACAACCAAACAAGACGAUUUUAUGUGUAUGUUGAGAAUAGAGUGAACCGUAUUCACAGGUCAACUAAGCCAGAACAAUGGAAUUAUGUUCCUACAUCUGUGAAUCCAGCUGAUCGAGCAACUCGCUCUAUGGUGAAUGAUUUCUCGUGUGACGACAUAUGGCUGAAAGGACCUGAAACAUUCUUGAGUAGGCGUCAUGAUCUUGCUCAAGAAACUCCACAGCUAGUUCAACCAGAAGAUGAUAAGGAAGUAAGGCCAGAUGCUCUGGUAAAGGCAGCUAAAACCUGUGUGAUUGACAAUUUAUCAAUUGGUGUCACAGAUUUGAAAGGUUCUCUGAGUGGUAGAGCUGAUAGAAGUGUAGAGUCUUUCAGAAAAGCUGAAAUAUUUGUGAUCAAAGCAGUUCAAAAGGAAACUUACAAAGAAGAAAUUAGACUUGUUGAAGCAAAAAUGCAUCUUCCAAAAUCUACCUCGAUUAUGGCUCUCAACCCGUACUUAGAUGAAGAUGGUGUGUUAAGGUACGUCACUAUCACCAAAGUGUUCGACACCAAGGACGUCAUCUUACAGAAGGAGCUGUUAGAUCUGGUGGAUAUUGGAUUACAGGCGUGA